AUGGUUAUGACUCUCUAUACUAGUAGCAGUGAUCUCGAAGAUGAGCUGAAUAUGAAUGGCACACGAAAGGUUGCCAAAACGUAUGUUGAGAAAAAACGUCGUGAUCGUAUAAAUCGUAGUUUAGAUGAAUUGAAAGAUUUAUUAGCUUGUAAUUACGAUCGAGCACGAUAUCAAAAAUUAGAAAAGGCUGAAAUAUUAGAAAUGUGCGUUGAUUUUCUCAAACAAAUUAACGGCCGCCUAAAUGGAAUGAAACGAAAUUAUGAAUUGGGUUAUCAACGUUGUACAAAUGAAAUUUCAAAUUUUUUGAAUACUGUCCCCGGUAUGACACCGAUUCAACGACAACGAUUAGUUACUCAGUUGCGAACAACUACAUCACAUCGUUUUAGUCCAUAUGAACAACAUCAACAUAACCAACAUUCUGCAACAACAAAUCAUUUUCCACAAUUAUCACAUGAAAUGGUCGUAAAUGACUGGUUAAAUCGCUGCGGUGGUAUUCAAGAAACAAAAUUAGUCUCAUCACCAUCUUAUUCAACAAUGUCCACGUCAACAUCGUCAUCAUCAAGUGAUUUAUUUAAAACUGAAAGAUUAGAUUCGUCAUGUCUGACUGACUCAGAUAAUUCACUACAAGAUGAACUAUCGCGUGUUGUUCCCAAAAGUCCAAAUGCAUCGUCUGUGGAUGUUUGGCGACCUUGGUAA